UCUCUCUCCGUCUACAGCAACAACCCUGCUCACCGCUACUAUCUGGCCACUGACCCGGUAACAGGGCAGCUGUAUGUCUCCGACACGAACUCCAGGCGAAUCUACCGACCCAAGAUGCUGAGUGGAGCCCGGGAUCUCAUCAGUAAUGGUGAAGUAGUCGCUGGCACAGGUGAACAGUGUCCUCCGUUUGAUGAAGCACGGUGUGGAGAUGGAAGAAAAGCUACCGAGGCACAACUACUGGGACCAAAAGGGAUUGCAGUUGAUAAAAAUGGCUUGAUCUACUUUGUGGACGGAACUAUGAUCAGAAAAGUGGAUCGUAACGGAAUCAUCUCAACAGUGCUGGGCAGCAACGACCUGACCUCUGCGCGACCUUUGACCUGCGAUACUAGCAUGCACAUAAGACAGGUUCGUUUAGAGUGGCCUACAGAUCUGGCCAUUAAUCCUAUGGAUAACUCCAUCUACGUCCUGGACAACAAUGUUGUGCUGCAGAUCACUGAAAAUAGACAGGUUCGAAUUGUGGCAGGUCGUCCCAUGCACUGUCAGGUACCUGGUAUAGAAUACACCAUGGGAAAAAGAGCCAUCCAGACCAUGCUAGAAGGAGCAACAGCCAUCGCUCUGUCCUACAGCGGCGUCCUCUACAUCGCAGAGACAGAUGAGAAGAAAAUACACCGCAUCAGACAGGUGUCGACUGAUGGAGAAAUUACGCAUCUGGCUGGUGCGCCAUCUGACUGUGACUGCAAGAACGAUGCCAACUGUGACUGCUAUCAGACAGGCGAUGGCUACGCGAAGGACGCCCGCCUUAACUGUCCCUCCUCAUUGGUGGUGUCUCCAGACGGGACACUGUACGUGGCCGAUCUGGGAAACAUCCGCAUCCGAGCUAUACGUCGAAACCAGCCACCCACAGGUUCUCUGGCUUCAGGUCCCAGCUCCUAUGAAGUGGCGUCUCCGGCUUCUCAAGAACUUUACGUGUUUGAUUUAAAUGGGACUCAUCAGUUCACCAUGUCUCUGGUCACUGGAGACUACAAAUACAACUUCAGCUACAGCAACGAGGACGACGUAACCGCGGUGACCGACAGCAGCGGGAACACCCUGCGUAUCCGUAGAGACACCAACAGGAUGCCUGUGCGAGUGGUUGCCCCCGACAACCAGGUUAUCUGGCUGACCAUCGGCACUAAUGGAGGUCUGAAGACCCUCACGGCCCAGGGUCAGGAACUGGUCUUGUUCAGUUACCAUGGCAGCAGCGGGUUGUUGGCGACCAAGAGCAUCCAGAUCGGCUGGACGACCUUCUACGACUACGACAGCGAAGGUCGUCUCACCAACGUGACCUUCCCCACGGGCGUCGUGACCAGCCUCCACAGCGACAUGUCCUCGGGAGCGGUCGCCGUGGACAUCGAGACGUCAGGGAGGGACGAGGACGUUUCCAUAACAACCAACCUGUCGUCGAUUGACUCCUUCUACACUCUGGUGCAGGACCAGCUCCGCAACAGUUACCAGGUGGGUAACGACCAUUCAUUGAGGGUCAUCUACGCCAAUGGAAUGGACACGCAUUACCAGACGGAACCACACAUACUCGCAGGUGCGGCUAAUCCAACCGUGGCGCGACGCAACAUGACACUUCCAGGAGAGAACGGCCAAAACCUGGUGGAGUGGAGGUUCAGGAAGGAACAAACUCGAGGAAAAGUCAUCGUCUACGGCAGAAAACUCAGGGUGAACGGCAGGAACUUGCUGUCGGUGGACUACGACCGUUCGCUGCGAACGGAGAAAAUUUACGACGACCACAGGAAGUUCCUGCUGAAGAUCAUCUAUGACACACAGGGGCAUCCCACACUGUGGGUUCCCAGCAGCAAGUUGCUCUCAGUGAACCUGACAUAUUCCAGUACCGGGCAGGUGACAGGUCUCCAGAGGGGUCCGACUACAGAGAGGUGGGAGUACGACAGUCAGGGAAGAAUCACUUCCCGAGUGUUUGCCGAUGGAAAGAUAUGGAGCUACACGUACCUGGACAAGUCUAUGGUCUUGCUGCUGCACAGUCAGCACCAGUACAUCUUUGACUAUGACUCAGGAGACCGUCUGUCCGCAGUCACCAUGCCCAGUGUGGCUCGACACACCAUGCAGACCAUCAGGUCCAUCGGAUACUACAGGAACAUCUACACUCCGCCUGAGAGCAACGCCUCCGUCACGGUGGACUACUCUGAAGACGGACAGCUCCUCAGAGUCGCUCAUCUGGGCACUGGACGCCAGAUACUGUACAAAUAUCGCAGACAGAACAAGCUGGCGGAAAUCCUCUACGACUCCACGCGGGUCAGUUUCACCUACGAUGAGACGGCCGGCGUGCUCAAAACGGUCAACCUGCAGAGCGAAGGCUUCAUCUGCUCCAUCCGCUACCGCCAGAUCGGCCCGCUGGUCGACCGGCAAAUCUUCCGCUUCAGCGAGGACGGCAUGGUUAACGCACGCUUCGACUACACCUACGACAACAGCUUCAGGGUCACGAGCAUGCAGGCCGUGAUCAACGAGACGCCGCUGCCGAUCGACCUCUACCAGUUUGACGACAUAUCUGGGAAGGUGGAGCAGUUUGGGAAGUUUGGAGUCAUCUACUAUGAUAUCAAUCAGAUCAUCUCCACAGCCGUGAUGACCUACACCAAACACUUCGACCAGCACGGCCGCAUCAAGGAGAUCCAGUACGAGAUCUUCAGGUCUUUGAUGUACUGGAUCACCAUUCAGUACGACAACAUGGGCCGCGUCACCAAGCGCGAGAUCAAAAUCGGACCAUUCGCCAACACGACCAAAUAUGGUUACGAAUACGACGUUGAUGGACAGCUGCAGACGGUCUCUCUCAAUGAGAAGAUGAUGUGGAGGUAUAACUACGAUCUGAACGGGAACCUGCAUUUGCUCAACCCCGCGAAUAGCGGUCGGUUGACGCCUCUGCGCUACGAUCUGAGGGACAGAAUCACUCGCCUGGGUGACGUCCAGUACCGGCUGGACGAAGAUGGAUUCCUGAGACAGAGGGGAGCUGAGAUAUUUGAAUACAACUCUAAAGGUCUUCUAGUUCGUGUCUACAGUAAAGCCUCCAGCUGGACCAUCCAGUACCGCUAUGAUGGUCUGGGUCGACGUGUGGCGUCCAGAAACAGUCUGGGCCAACACCUGCAGUUCUUUUAUGCUGACCUGAACUACCCAACCAGGAUCACCCAUGUCUACAACCACUCCAGCUCCGAGAUCACCUCCUUUUACUACGAUCUGCAGGGCCAUGUCUUUGCCAUGGAGAUAAGCAGUGGAGAAGAGUUUUAUAUUGCAUGUGACAACACUGGGACACCACUGGCUGUUUUCAGCAACAACGGACUGUUGCUUAAACAGGUGCAGUACACGGCAUACGGAGAGGUUUACUUUGAUUCCAACCCCGACUUUGUGCUGGUAAUUGGUUUCCAUGGCGGCCUGUAUGAUCCUCUGACACGACUGCUGCAUUUUGGAGACAGAGACUAUGACAUCCCUGCUGGGAGGUGGACGACUCCCGACAUCAGCACUUGGACACGCGUCGGUAAAGACCCGCAGCCUUUCAAUCUCUACAUGUUCAGAGGCAACAACCCGAUCAGCAAGAUCCACCAGGUCAAAGAAUAUGUCACAGAUGUCAACAUCUGGCUGGUGACGUUCGGCUUCCAUCUCCACAACGCAAUCCCAGGAUUCCCCAUUCCUAAGUUUGACCUGACGCAGCCGUCACUGGAGAUGAAGAAGAGCCAGCUGUGGGACGACCUACCCUCCAUCUCCGGCGUCCAGCAAGAGGUGACCCGUCAGUCUCGGGCCUUCCUGUCCUUUGAGCGCAUGCCCGAAAUCCAGCUGAGCCGGCGGCACUCGGACCACACCAAACCCUGGCUGUGGUUUGCCACCGUCAAGUCCCUGAUCGGGAAGGGAGUGAUGCUCGCCGUGAUCCAGGGCCGUGUGGUGACCAACGCUCUUAACAUCGCCAACGAGGACUGCAUCAAGGUGGCCGCCGUCCUGAACAACGCCUUCUACCUGGAGGACCUGCACUUCACCGUGGAGGGACGGGACACGCACUACUUCAUCAAGACCAGCCUGCCGGAGAAUGACCUCGGCGCGCUGCGGCUCACGUCCGGCCGGAAGUCACUGGAGAACGGCGUGAACGUCACGGUGUCCCAGUCCACGACGGUGAUGAACGGCAGGACGCGGCGCUUCGCCGACGUGGAGCUGCAGUACGGCGCGCUGGCACUCCAUGUGCGCUACGGGACAACGCUGGACGAGGAGAAGGCACGGAUCCUGGAGGCGGCGAGGCAGAGGGCGCUGUCGAGCGCCUGGGCCCGCGAGCAGCAGCGGGUGAGGGACGGCGAGGAAGGCGUGCGGCUGUGGACUGAGGGGGAGAAGAGGCAGCUGCUGAGCAGCGGCAAGGUUCUGGGCUACGACGGCUACUACGUGUUGUCUAUAGAGCAGUACCCGGAGUUGGCGGACAGCGCCAACAACAUGCAGUUCUUACGCCAGAGCGAGAUAGGGAGGAGGUAACACAGCAUCGGCGAAACGUCAAAAUCACCAUGCGGGACUGUCAAAGACUUCACAGAGAGUUCGGACCCCGUGGAAAACGGCUGCCUUGAGACUUAAAAUUAGCCACUGAAGAUGGCGGGCGUGGAAAAGUAGAUGUAAUAAAACCCCAAAAUACAAGGAAAUUCAAAUUGUGAACGGUUUACAAAAAACGUUUUCAUGAGCCUGGAAAAAGACCAAUGCCUUGCUUUCUUGUUUUUAUUUUUAUAGUUGUUGGCGCCGCCUGUAUUUUUCACAGCCUCUUUCCGCUUCUUCUUUUCCAAUUUUUAACGUUGCAUUACCGCCUCCUUCUGGAUUGCCACGCCCCCUCUCUGUUCCGUCCCCUCUUUUUUGUCACGUUCCAGUUGUCGUCAGAAUUUCAGAACUCAGAAUCGGGGAGCGACCUCACAAACGCUGAAUGAAAUGCUAGUAGUUGUUAUUCGCUGAGCACCUCCUGGAUGUUUGUUGGUCCCGGUUGUAGUCGGAAUUUCUAAGGUGUUAAAUACCGCAUUGGGCGUUUUUUUUUUUUUAAUAAAUCGACAAUAAUUUUUACUCCGACUUCUCAAAGAACUCGGAGGUGACGUCGCAAGAGUUCCGACCUCGGAUGAAAACGAAACGGGAACAUGCGUUGUUAUAGAGGAGUUGACUCCUCCUUCUGGAUGGUUUGUUGGUUGGAAUUUCUGAGGUGAGUGGUUGCGUUCCGUUAUUUGUUUCGCAUACGCGCAAAGUACCGGCCGGCUUUGCUUUCCCAAUUACUCAGGAAUGCAGUCAAAUCAGAGAUGGCGUCACACUCAGUUCAGACCUUCGACUUCCAACGUUUUAUGGAACGCAGCAUUUCUUGCCUUCUUCUGUUUUUUGUUUUUUUAGCCCCCCUCCACCUGCCUUUACUUACAAAACAGCCAAUCUGCAUGCCCCUCCCCUCUCCGUCUGUUGGGUGGGGCCAACCUUGGAUCCCACCGUCCUCCGCCCUCCAAACAUGGCGUCCUCUCGCGUGGAAGAGUGCAACAGUGCGACAUGGACAGUCCGCGGCGCGCGCCGAGACGAGCUCGCCGUGCAUUUGUGGAAAUCCUGGCGGAUUGUGAUUUUACCGACGCCAGGUUUGUGCGAGUUCCCGGACGCGGUCGACUCUGGAUCGCAGACUUCUGCGAGUGGGAAGAAAAACAGGAAAGAAAGUCCUUUGUUUCCGCUGUUGUCGAACUGUUGUGGACUUUCUCUGAGACAGACACAAAAAAAAAAGACUACGAUUUCUAUGAAGGGUAAACAAAAAUAUAUAUAUAUAUAUAUAUAUAUAUGACUGAUUUUUUUGGUUGUUUUUCUUUUUAUAUGGUAUAAACUUGCAUUUGCUUCGGAUACAUGGGGGGGUAUAAAAAUGAUUUAAAAAAAAAAAAAGUGUUUACAUACUAUUAUCCGUUACCACUAUUACUGCUGUUACUGCACCACCGUCAUCGGAAUGGAAUGGACUAAAAAGAAAAAACGACUUCCUGUUUCUUUUCUUACGGAUAUCUAAAUCAGUUACAGACUCAAACUCCUCCUCUUCUUCUUCAUCAUCCUCAUCAUCCUCAACAUCAUCCCCUUGUGUUAAUACAGUUCAAAACAGCAGGAAGCUCCGCCUCUCAGAAGCGGAAUCCUUCGCUUCUAUAAAAACGAAACAAAAAAAUGUGACUCAAAUGACUCAUAAAACGCAAAAACCUUGUGCUUUCAUUGGUGAAAAAAAAAAAGGUAGUAGUAUUGCUUGCAAUAGAAACAUGUUGUCAUGGUUUUUUGGGAGUGGGAGAAGGGGAGGGGGGAGGGAUUACCGCGAGUAGUUACGAAUGUUUUUUGGUUUUUUCUCGCUUGCUUUCUCUUUAAAAAAAAAAAGGGACAGAGCGUCAAAAACAGUGGAUGUUUUUUCUGUUAUCGAUUGUGUGGGUCAGUUUACUCUCGUGGAGGAUUUUUUUUGUGUGUACUUGUGUUUACUCCUUGAAAAAGGAGGUUCACGACAAGAGGGAACGCGUUUAUCGCGACAAGUCAUUUAUUCGGGGAGAAUGAAGACGUGUUUGACAGUGUUUUAUGGUUUUGUUUUUGGGUUGUUUUCAUUUUAUUUUGAAGGUUGACAAAAUUCCACUUAUCCGUACAUCAAUAUUAGUCUCAGAGAAAGUAAUUUAUGUACAGUGUUUCUACGGUAAAAUUAAAAAAUCUUUGAAACUA